UGAUAAAACUUAUUUCUCAGUUACCGUUGUCGCUUUCGUGAUUUCAAAAGAAGAGGAAUUUUGUUCGGAGACCGAAGCACGCAGAUUUGGAGCGAAACGACUGGGGGCGAAAAGGUCCAGGAGGGAAACGACCGGAUACACCGACAUGACCAUGACCGACACUCGCCACACAUAUUUCUGAAAAAUUUGCUCCGUCAAAAUGUCAUCUCCUGAUCCUGAACGAUUCGAUGGGAUGCUUCUUGCCAUGGCACAACAGUGCCCUGGUGGUGUGCAAGAGCUCCUUGAUGUCUUGUUCAGUUUCCUUGCAAGAAAGACAGAUUUCUAUCAUGGGGCAGGCACUGCUGAGGCAAAGAAGAUGAUUCUCAGUAAGUUGGAAGCCCACAAGAAAUUAGCUGAUGAACUUCAUAAAGAGAAGCAAGAAGAAUUGGAGGAGGCUGAACGGGCGCGGAAGGAAAAGAAAGCUAAGAAAGAGGCUGAGGAGAAAAAGAUGCAGGAGGAGGCAAUGAAAAAAGAACUAAAAAUAAUGGAGAUAAGUGAUGAGGAGGCCGAGAGGAUACAGAAGGAAAUUGACCAGAAAAAUGAGGUACCAAUGCCAAAGGAAGAAAAGAAAGAAGUAGCUAAAGUUGAGGAAGAUGGCAAGUCAGCUGAAGAAGAUGACGAAGAAGAUGAAAAGGACAAAGGGAAAUUAAAACCAAAUAGUGGAAAUGGUGGCAAUUAUGAGAAUUAUAGCUUUACACAAACCCUUUCAGAUUUAGAGGUCCGUGUUCCACUUAAGGUAUCAUUCCCAUUAAAAAGUAAAGAUGUGGUAGUUGACUUCCAGAAAAAACAUUUAAAAGUUGGACUGAAGGGCCAUCCUCCACUGAUAGAUGGGCAGUUGUACAACAGUAUCAAGGUCGAAGAAUGUUAUUGGGUUCUCGAAGAUAAAACAGUAGUUGUUAUUUUCCUUGAAAAGGUCAAUAAAAUGGAAUGGUGGAGUCGUAUUGUGAUGACUGACCCUGAAAUCAACACAAAGAAAGUCCAGCCAGAGAACUCAAAGCUUGCUGAUCUGGAUGGUGAUACGAGAGGAAUGGUAGAAAAGAUGAUGUACGACCAGAGGCAAAAAGAGAUGGGCAAACCAACAUCAGAAGAGCAGAAAAAACAAGAUAUCAUGGAUAAAUUUAUGAAACAACAUCCUGAAAUGGACUUCUCAAAGUGUAAAUUCAACUGAGCAUGUCAUGAAAAUUAUAAAGUGGACAAAUUCAAAUAUCCAAAAGCACUGUUUAUUUCAUAAUAACUGUUGAAGAGCCGUCUUGCUUUAUUACUUAUGCAACUAGAAAUACGGAAAUAAUUUUGAUAUUGUAGAGAUUGUGCACACAAAGGAAGUUUUGGAAAUCUUGGUCUGUGAUGAGUUGGUGGAGGACAUUUCCAGUCUUUUGUGUUAAUUUUGGAAGACAAUGUUUUUAGCAGACGACAUGUACUUUACUUCGACUUGGACUUCAUUCAUUCAAAAUAGUACUAGUGGCUUCUCAUUUGAAUAUGUCAUCCUCAUACUUGUUCAAACAGCCAAUUAACACGUGUGUUCCUUUAAAAAAAUGAGAAUAAUUGCUGCACCAGGUCGUGGUCAUAUACCAGGUCGUGGGCCACAAUAAUAAUAAUAAUAAUAAUACGAGUCUUAUAUAGUGCAGUAUCCAGCCAUUAACUGGCCGCUCAAAGUGCUUGAUAGGCCUCUUUAAAAAGCAAGUGCAUCGACCGUUCUGCUUUGGCGCAGUGUUUGAAGUCUUGUUAAAUUGUUACAAAGGAAAGCUAGAAGAAGAAAACAAAAGUGACAUAGGAGUUAUUGGAUAGCUGUUUCCAGGAUUUCCAACCAUGUUGUAAUCAGUGAGGAUUCAUCUUUUCAUCUUGAAAAAUGUUGUGUGAUGCAAAAGUGAUAAAUAAACCAAAAUGAUUUUAC